AUGACCACCCAAGGAACCAGUGGUACUCUGGAGAACCCAGCACUGGACACAAGUCUACUGGAAGAGUUUUUGGGCAAUGACUUCGAUGUGGGGGUCUUGCAGCGUCAGCUCCCAGACACCCCACCGUAUUGUGCAUCAGACCCACGCUCUCCUCCACAGGUCAAAGGUGCAAGCCACCAGACCUUGAGGGCCAUGCCUGGCAGGACUCCAGCGGCUUUCCUCCAUCCUGCAGCAGCCCCUGGAAUGCUGUCUGCUCACCUGCAACAGAGCGUGUCUGGAAUGAGCAACUCUGGCCAAAGCCAUGGCAGCUUUCACAACUGUUACCCCAACGCCAGUCAUCCUGUCAACCUUCUGGACCAGUCGGGGCCCUCCUAUCUGGGGAUAAGUUGUUCUUAUCACCAGCAACCUCUUUGCAGCAUCCCUGGAGAUUCCUUGCCUCCAACCAAGAAGAGGAAGCACAUACAGAUGCUGGAGGAUUCCGAGGAUGGCAGAGCGUGGGCCCCCUGCUCCAGACUAAUGACGAGUAGGAGUCACAGCAGCAAAGUACAGGACCAGGACAGUGAGGUACAGAACAGGAUGCCUGCGGACCAGUGCUCCCCUGUGCUGAAGUGGCAGCCGUACCAAAGUGUUCCUUGGCAUAGCUUAUUAAACUGUCAUCAUGAAAAACUACCUGAUGUGGGCUACCAAGUUGUUACAGACAAAGGAUUUAAUUUCUCUCCAGCAGAUGAAGCUUUCGUUUGCCAAAAGAAGAACCAUUUCCAGAUAACGAUCCACAUCCAAGUUUGGGGAAGCCCAAAAUUCGUUAAAACCCAAAUGGGCCUAAAGCCAAUAGAAAUGUUUCACUUGAAAGCUUUUGGAGUUAAGGUAGAAGCCGCCAAUCAAGUAAUUACUAUUGAACAGUCCCAAGCAGAUAGAAGCAAAAGGAUUUUCAGCCCUGUUAAAAUUGACCUACUGCCUGACCAGGUCACCAAGGUAACGCUGGGACGAUUGCACUUCAGUGAAACCACUGCCAACAACAUGAGGAAGAAGGGGAAACCGAACCCUGAGCAGAGAUACUUCAAAUUGGUGGUUGGACUGUACGCCACGAGCCAGGACCAGCUCUAUAUGCUGUCUGCCCGUAUCUCUGAAAGGAUCAUUGUACGGGCCUCUAACCCCGGGCAGUUUGAAAAUGACAGUGAUGUGUUAUGGCAGCGAGGACAAGUCCCGGAAUCUGUCGUCUGUCAUGGUCGAAUAGGAAUAAACACAGAGACACCAGAUGAAGCCCUGGUUGUCGGUGGCAACAUGAAAGUGAUGGGGACGAUCAUGCACCCUUCUGACAGCCGGGCAAAGCAGAAUAUCCAGGAGGUUGACACAAAUGAACAGCUGAGGCGAAUAGCCCAAAUGAGGAUUGUCGAAUACGACUACAAGCCUGAAUUUGCAUCUGCAAUGGGAAUAGACACUGCCCAUCAAACAGGAAUGAUUGCCCAGGAGGUGCAAGAGAUUCUGCCCAGAGCUGUGAGAGAGGUUGGUGAUGUCACCUGUGACAAUGGAGAGACACUAGAGAACUUCCUCAUGCUUGAUAAGGACCAAAUCUUCAUGGAAAAUGUAGGGGCUGUGAAGCAACUCUGCAAACUAACCAACAACCUUGAAGAAAGAAUAGAAGAAUUAGAGAUCUGGAAUAGGAAGCUGGCCAGGCUAAAGGGGCUCAGUAGUUCCAAGUCCUCUGCCAGUCAAGCAAGUACAAUCAGCAAACUUAGUAGAGCUGUCAGUACGUCUUCUCCAAGAAGGGCUAUCGCCAAAAACCCCAACAAGGUUUAUGUUUCAGGAAGAAAACUGUUGUGUCCUACCUGGAUUUUCCAGACCAUGGUUACAACUCUAAUCACUGUGAUGGCCUUCUGUGCCUCGACUAUAGUCUUCCUUUACAUACUGAGCUUAAAAGAUAAGAAUGUGCAUGUUCAAAAUCUUCCUCCAAGUAAUAUCACAGGCUCGCUAGGGCUGGUCCUGCCGCCCACCACCACCACCUCAGGGCCUCAGACAUCUCCGGCCACCACACAGACCUCCUCAGAAGCAUGCGAAAUUACUUUCUGUGAGAUCCUGUCAUGUCAGGAAACUUACUGCUGUCCCAUCUGGGGAAUAAGAAGGACCUCUUCCAACCCUGUGCAUAGGUGGUCCCAGGAGAAGAAAACGCAGCAGAGGCAAAGGGCAGAAGACAAAAGCAAAUCACUCCUGGCAAGAGGGGCCUUCAGUUCCUACUGGCAGAGUGACUGGAUUGACACAUCCAUCAGUUCUAUUCAGAUUAUGGAAAUCCAGCACAUAAUUGAUCGUCGGUAUUGCAGUAGCAAACUCCAUUGCGGGGCUGGAUAUUAUAAUUACAAUAUUCCCAUUAAUAAGAACACACCCACAAAAGUCAAAUUCUCUCUGGAAAUCAACACAACAGAGCCAUUAAUAGUCUUCCAAUGCAAAUUCUCCCUCGGAAAUAUAUGUUUCAAUAGUGAGGCGGAAACCAGAGGAGCUCAGAGCUAUGAAGACACCUCCCAGGAGAUGACACAGGGAUACCAGCACAUUUGGAACCUUCCAGUGGCUCCCUUCUCUGACAGUGCAUACCAUUUUCGUGUAGCUGCACCAGAUUUAGCUAAUUGUUCAACGGAUCCUUUUUUUGCUGGGCUAUUCUUCACAGAUUAUUUCUUUUAUUUCUAUCGACGCUGUACCUAAUUUAUUCAAGUUUGGUGUUUUUACCAAAGAAAAAUGCUCAGGAAUACAGUUAACGG